CUGCGCACUAGGAGCUCCAUAUUUUAGGUCAUACGGGAAGCAGACACCAUGGACGAUGCAUCACAACGAGAAACCAGUGAAUAUUGGCGCAUUUUAUACAAGGAAGAACGGUCGGCGUGGACGCAGAAGGGGGUUACCAAACUUCUCCUGAAAAACAAGGAAACUAUUAUUGCGGGUAAAACAAAUGCUCGCGUGUUCAUUCCGCUCUGUGGAAAAGCACAUGAACUGAAGUGGUUUUACGACCUGGGACACCGCGUUGUUGGCGUAGAGUUUGUGGAGGAAGCGGUGCGGAGCUACUUCACCGAGAACGAUUUGCCAAUCGAAGAGGCGACUUGUCCCAUCAUUAAGUGUAAAAUACUUAAGACGCCGGACGAGCGACUGCAAGUUUUUAUCUGCAACAUUUUCGACUUUAAAAGGGAGUGCGCUGGAAGCUUCGGCAUUGUUUGGGAUAGAUCUGGGUUUGCAGUCAUGAGACUCAAAGACCGUGCCAGAUAUGCUGCAGUAAUCAAGAAUCUGCUGGCCGCAGACUUCUCGUACGGCAUGUGGACAAAAGUUUAUGAUGAGAUGUAGUGGCAAAGGUUGUACUGGUGGAUAGCCAGGUCGCACAGACGGCACAUUUUGCACCUGGACGAGGACCGUUCACUAUCUGUCUCUGGCACAUGACUCCUGAAUUGUCUUGAAGGCUUGUCAUCCAUUUAGCCUUAACGGCGAGAUUUCCAGGACUAGAUUCUGCACUCUGCAUACAUUUAUAUGGGAUAGAUUUGUGCAUGGCAUACAUUUUCGUGGAGUGUACUACUGGAACACCU